AUAACUAAACCAGUGACGGAACCCGCAUUGCAUCACAGAAUCAAUUCCUGGCCAGUGCACGCGCCCCAGGCUCUGCCGGCUUAAUUACUCCUUUACCUAUCAGCGCGUGCAGUGCACACUAAUCCGAAGCUUUAGGUGAUGCAUUAACACCGACAAGUAUGUUUUAAUGGAAGCGCUUGGCUUUUUUGAAGUUUAGCUUCCAGUCUGAGGCGAAUUCAAAGGAGAGCGAGAGGCAUCAGCAACAGGGCACUGCCAAUUCACCGGCGAGGACAAUUACACAGAAAGUAUAUCGAUCAUCUAGACGAACAAUUGGGACCGAACAGCACCGACGUCAUUAAUCGAUACUGAUUUCGUUGCUUUAAUUGUGUGGGAAUUUCUUACAUUUUUGCGUCAUUAAAUGGAGCGGCGUAGGUGACGUUUGGACUGUUGCGUUCAAGAGGAGCUCUUACCAAGACUAAAAGCUGGCGCGGAAAAAUAUGUAUGGACGCUAUACACAGGAGUUGGGGGCCUAUGCAAAAGAAGAGGCAGCUCGUCUGCGUGAGGAUGGAGUGCUGCGGAGGACCACCAGUGUACGCGGCCAGGCUCCAGAACUGCUGGAGUAUGAGAAGGACCCGUGUGCCAAGUGUCAAGUCUGUACGUCACGGUGUCAGAAGUUCUUAAUUUCCCGUGUGGGUGAAGACUGGAUCUUUCUCAUCCUCCUGGGGCUUCUCAUGGCAUUGGUCAGCUGGGCCAUGGACUACACUAUUGCCUUCUGCCAGCAAGCACAGAAGUGGAUGUAUGGUGGUCUGCACAGUAACAUGUUGCUGCAGUACCUGGCCUGGGUCACUUACCCAGUGGUUCUCAUCACCUUCUCCGCUGGCUUCACACAGAUAGUGGCUCCACAGGCAGUGGGCUCUGGGAUCCCAGAGAUGAAGACCAUUCUCCGAGGUGUGGUGCUGAAAGAGUACCUCACUUUCAAAACCUUUGUCGCCAAAGUGAUUGGCUUAACGUGUGCCCUUGGAAGUGGCAUGCCUCUGGGCAAAGAGGGACCAUUUGUUCAUGUUGCCAGUCUGUGUGCUGCUCUGUUGAGCAAAUUCAUGGCCUUGUUUGGAGGAAUCUACAUGCUGAAGGAAGAGCCCUUUGAGGGAAACAAGAACGAGCUGAGAAACACAGAGAUGCUGUCAGCCGCCUGUGCAGUGGGGGUGGGCUGUUGCUUUGCAGCCCCUAUUGGAGGAGUGCUGUUUAGUAUUGAGGUCACAUCUACGUUCUUUGCUGUGAGGAACUACUGGAGAGGAUUCUUCGCUGCAACCUUCAGUGCCUUUAUCUUCAGGGUGCUGGCGGUGUGGAAUAAGGAUGAGGAGACAAUCACGGCUCUCUUUAAAACACGCUUUCGUCUGGACUUUCCCUUUGACCUACAAGAGCUUCCAGCUUUUGCUGUGCUAGGGAUUGCCAGUGGAUUUGGAGGGGCAUUGUUUGUCUACCUAAACAGGAUUAUAGUGGAGUCUAUGAGAAAACAGAAAACCAUCAACAAGUUUUUGCUAAAAAAAAGACUAGUGUAUCCAGCAGUGGUCACUCUUCUUGUCUCGACACUCACCUUUCCUCCAGGGUUUGGACAGUUUAUGGCUGGCCAGCUGACUCAACAUGAGUCACUAGUGGCACUGUUUGACAACCAAACCUGGUACAAGCAAGGUGUUGCUGAGGAGUUUGUGUACUCAAGUCACGAACCUCAGGCAUGGAAGCACCCACAAGUCAGUGUGUUCAUCACACUCCUCCUCUUCAUUGUCAUGAAGUUCUGGAUGUCAGCUGUGGCCACAACAAUGCCUGUGCCUUGCGGGGCCUUCAUGCCGGUUUUCCUCAUUGGAGCUGCGUUCGGUCGACUGGUCGGCGAGAGCAUGGCCGCCGUCUUCCCCGAUGGGAUACACAUCGACAGCACUGUAUAUCCCAUAGUUCCCGGCGGAUACGCAGUUGUAGGGGCGGCGGCUCUUUCUGGCGCAGUCACUCAUACCGUGUCCACCGCCGUCAUUGUGUUCGAGCUGACCGGUCAAAUCUCGCACAUCCUGCCCGUGAUGAUCGCUGUGAUAUUGGCCAAUGCCGUGGCUCAGAGUCUGCAGCCUUCCCUCUAUGAUUCCAUCAUCCGGAUCCAGAAACUUCCCUACCUGCCAGAGCUGGGCUGGGGACAGGAGAAAUAUAAUAUCCGUGUGGAAGACAUAAUGGUGAGAGACGUACGGUAUAUCACUCUCUCCUCCUCUUACCGGGAUCUGCAGGAAGCUCUCAUAACAGGCCAGCUUAAAACCCUGGCCUUGGUGGAAUCCAAAGAGUCCAUGAUCCUGCUGGGCUCUAUGGAGCGCUCCCAGCUGCAGACCCUGCUCUCGCAGCAGCUUAGCCGAGCUCGCAGGCUGGAGUACUUGAGGGAACGUGCUCAGGACAAUGGCACCCGUGUGCCCACCUUCCCCCAAGACUCACCCCUCAGGACUGGUCGCGGCGUACGUUUCCUGAUCUCCACUGAAGAGUCCUCCUACAGCCCCACACUGACUAACUCCCAGAUCCCCCUCAAGUCUGCUCUGAAGACGGUGUCUGCAAUCAGCAACACAGAGUCACUGAACAGCUCUCCAAACCUCUCCUCUGGGGAACCUGUGAAGGAGCUAGUAGAGAGCAAUGCUGGCCCCAUGGCUCCUAAGAGGAGCAGGAGGCCCAAGCGUGUGAAGAUACCCAUGGCGGAUACACCUGAUGUUGAAGAUGACAUGUCAACAGCAGAGAUAGCAGAGUGGGAGGAGCAACAGCUGGAUGAGGCUGUUAAUUUCAAUAACUGUAAAAUAGACCCCGCCCCCUUUCAGCUGGUGGAACGGACAUCUUUGCAUAAGACACACACCAUCUUCUCACUACUUGGCCUGGAUCAUGCCUAUGUAACCAGCACCGGACGUCUAGUAGGAGUGGUCUCUCUAAAAGAGCUGCGUAAGGCCAUCGAGGGCUCUGUAACUGUGACUGGCGUGAAAGUCCGUCCCCCGCUGGCCAGCUUCCGCGACAGCGGGAACAGCAACAGCGUCUCAGAGGUCACCGAGCUUCACAAGCUCUGGAGUCGUCACAGGAGCCUGGCGCUGCCACGGGAACCUAAGCUCCCCGACCUGGAUGACCAAACAGAGCAGCCGUCUGAGGGAAGCCUGGUGAAUGAGACUGAGUGCACAGAGCUGUCCAGUCAGAACAGCCCAUUACACACAGACGACCAAUCAGAGCUGCCCUAUUCCGACGCCACACCCCAAGAGGAGCACCUCGCACAGCUCCCCUGUGACUGUACCCACCCUCUGGAGGAUAGAGGCUCGGAGGUCGUUGGUGAGCAAAGCCUAGCUCCGAUGGAGGAAGUGGUGAGCAAGGGAAGCCCCUUGCCCUCAAAGGGUCAGCCGGAAUGACAGCUGCUUGCAGUCGGUAACGCACACUCCAUUUACACCAUAAACGGGAUUGUAAAGUCAGGUUAAGGAAAACCUGGAGGAAGUAUUUUAGCAGUGAAGCACACUCUCUGCUCCGUACUAAUCAAACCAACCCUAAUCUCUGGUCCUGCCUUCACACGAAACACGCUGUGUGUGUUUAUAUGUGUGGGAUGUCAUAGAUAGCGCUGCAGUGUGAGUGCUGUGUGGCAUCGGAUGGGCUUGUAAGCGACUGUCUGUGUAUUCCUCAUAAAUUUAGGUGUCUGUUGAUUUGUGGCUUCAUAGCGCAUUUCGGUGUUGAUUUAUGUUGAUGAGAUUCAUUUAAAGAAGUUUAUGUUCAAUGAUGUCAUAAGUGUGUUUGUUGAUUUGUUGCUCGCUUGUGUGUGUGUUUCUUCGUCUUUGCGCAAGCGACAGAGUGUGCAUAAGAAAAGUCGAGUGUGUGUGCGAGAGUGACUCAGCUGCACCUAGCCAACGCUCCCAUCUGGUGCAGACACUUUAAAUCCAAAUAAAAUUGUCUCUGAGAGCCAAACUACAAUUUUGCUCUAAAUAUAGCCCUUAAUAACCCACACUGCAAGGAAACACGGAGGGAGAGAGCGGGGGAAAGAAAGGGAAUGGGUGGGCAAAAGAGGACACAGAAGACAUGGAGAGAGAACAAGAACAUGAUGCAAAAUAAGCAAAAGGCAGGAAGGACACAGGAACCAGUGUCGUGGAAAGGCAGGAGAAUAAAUGGGAAAAUGGGGUAAACUGUGCUACUUUUUAUUUAGAUCAGGGGUAGGCAAUGUUGGUGCUGGAGUGCCGAUGUCCUGCAGAUUUUAGCUCCAACACUGAAAAAAAACUUCACAUAUCUGUAGCCUUAGUAAUCUUAAAGACCUUGAUUAGAUUGUUCAGGUGGGUUUCAUUAGGGUUAGAGCUAAACUCAGGACUGACGUUGCCGACCCCUGAUUUAAACCCGGCAAGAAGAAAUAAGUCAUCAGGGAAAUUAAUAUGCCUGAUUAUAUUUCAGAACAGAUAAAGGUACAGAUAUAUUACU